AUGGACGAUUUAAUCGAAAUUGUAAGACAAUAUAAUGUUAUUUAUGACUCAACAUGCAAGCACUAUAAAGAUCACUCUACUAGGAUAGCUGUUUGGGAAGAGAUAGGACAAAAAUUAAACCAACCUUCGGAAAAAUGCAAAGACGACUGGGAUAAAUUACGCAACGCCUAUAUUAACGCACUAAAGCGUCGGAGAAAAAAGAAAAGUAGACAAGCUGGUGUUAUUCUUACACCAUGGAAAUAUGAAGAGCAAAUGAGUUUUUUACUUCCAUUUAUAAAAUCAAGGCAAUCAACAAACCACAUGUCGCGUCCAGAGUCACCAGAAUAUUUUGAGCCAUCAAAUUAUAUUUCAAAGUCACCAGAAGAUUUCGAGCCAUCGAAUUAUCUUCAAAAGUCACCAGAACCUGAAAGCCCUCAAAGUUUUCAAUCGGAACACCGCCCGGAAACACCAUAUUCUGCACGUCUUCACAUUACAAAAGGUCUCGUCGAAAGAAACCAAACUUGCAGGAUCUAUAUUAUUUAA